AUAGCAAUCGCAGUCUGCUCCGUACCGUCCACAAGUGAGUAACUUUCGUCGCGCUGUACUCCUAAUUUUGGAAAAGUGUAAAACUCUAUUGCGAGAGGUGACAAAAUUGCAUUGUAAACAAUGCAACCACCCAAGGCAAACGACUUGAACUUGAUUGUGCUAGCGCUGUUGUACUUGGCGGUUUCCGAUGAAUCGACUGUUUCGGGCUCGCUUCCAUGUGCAUUACGUCAGUACCCGACCGGCUCGGUUUGUGUAUGCAAUGUGACCUACUGCGAUACAUUGGAAUUCGAAGAACCAAUCGCGGCUGGGGAGUUUGUACAUGUGACCAGUGGCCGCGAUGGCACAAGGUUUGCUCAGUCCCGUGGAAGGUUUACUCCUACGUCCAAGGAAAACAUUAUUCCGGAGGUCUUGCGAAUUCCUAAACAACGUUUUACGCGCAGCACCAGGCCCAUAACGUUGCAACUGGAUCGCCGGAGAGUAUUUCAAACGGUGGUUGGAUUCGGUGGAGCAUUUACUGGAGCAGUUUCUUACAAUUUGGGACGGUUGAAACCAGAGUUGCGGUACAGCUUAUACCGAUCGUAUUACUCUAAAUCUGUGGGCAUUGGAUACAACUUGCUGAGGAUUCCAAUUGGUGGUUGUGAUUUUGAUUUGAAACCAUGGGCGUACAAUGAGCUUCCGACAAACGAUGCGAUGCUGACGAAUUUCACUAAACUGGACGAUAGAGACUUAAUGAAAAUCGCACAAAUACGAGAGCUGAUGGAUGUGGCGGAUAAUCGUAAUAUCAAGUUUAUGGGUGCUGCAUGGAGUCCACCCAAGUGGAUGAAAUCGAAUAAUGACUGGAGUGGUUCAAGUCGACUCAAGAGUGAAUACUAUCAAACUUGGGCAGAUUACCAUAUCAAGUACCUGCAGUUGGUGAAAGAAGCCGGAUUAGAUUUUUGGGCUAUCUCUACGGGUAACGAACCCAUGAACGCUGUCAUUGGAUUCCUCUUCAUUCGGUUCAUGAGUCUUGGCUGGACUGCUCCUAGCCAAGGUAAAUGGGUUGGCGAGAAUCUAGGACCAACAUUGAGAAGUUCAGCUUUUCGUGACGUUAAACUGUUUGCAGGAGAUGAUCAACGGUAUACUUUUCCCUGGUGGUUUUCACAGAUGAACCAGGGUCAUCCUAAUGCAACGCAGUACUUAGACGGAUUGGCGGUUCACUGGUAUUGGGAUGGCGUCACACCACCCGGUCUGCUGGACCAGGCAGCACAUCUCUAUCCGGAUAAGCUAAUUUUUAACACAGAAGCUUCGCUCGGUGAUAAACCAUUUCAAACUCAUGGUCCAAUACUAGGAUCAUGGGACCGUGCGGAAUCAUAUAUCACCUACAUCCUGCAAGAUUUACGGCAUAAUGUACACGGAUGGAUCGAUUGGAAUUUGAUGCUGAAUGAAAUUGGCGGUCCAAAUUAUGCCAAUAAUUUCGUCGAAAGCGCUGUUGUUGUAAAUUCAACUUCAGGCGAAGAGGCCUACAAGCAGCCAAUAUUCUAUGGACUAGGCCACUUUUCUAGAUUCAUUACAGAAGGUUCUAGGCGAUUUGAAACUACCAGCACCGAUUCAGGAGUGCUUGUGGUAGGCUUCGAGAGACCUGACGGAAAGAUUGCGUUAAUUUUGUACAACAAAAAAUCUAGUUCCUGCGAGGUAACGAUCAAAGACCCGGAACGAGGCACAGCUCAGUUGCAUCUCCCACCCAAAUCGGUUCAUUCCAUUCUCUACGCAUAAUUGAAAC